CCCUGGAAUUGCAGAAUCUGGCCUCCUUUAUCUCCCAGAGACCAAGCUAGACGCCCAGGAAGGGACCUGGGAAGCGAGGCCACCAUGGCUCUGAAGUCCCUCGUCCUGUUCUCCCUGCUGGUUGUGGGGCUGCUGGUGCUGGGGGGUGUCCAGCCUUCCCUGGGGAAGGAAUCUCGAGCCUUAAAGUUCCAGCGGCAGCACAUGGACCCGGGUAAUUUCCCCAACAACCCCACCUACUGCAACCUGAUGAUGAGGCGUCGGAAUAUGACGCAGGGGCGCUGUAAGCCGGUGAACACCUUUGUGCACGAGACCAUGGUGGACGUCCAGGCUGUCUGCCUUGAGAGAAACAUCACCUGCAAGAAUGGGCAGCCCAACUGCUACCAAAGCCGCUCCAGCAUGCGCAUCACAGACUGUCGCCUGACUGGUGGCUCCAGGUACCCCAACUGUGCCUACCGGACCAGCCAGAAAGAGCGACACAUCAUUGUGGCCUGUGAGGGAAACCCGUACGUGCCUGUCCACUUCGAUGCUGCUGUGGAGGUCUCCCCUGAGGCUGGGGCAGAAGCGCCCCACCAGCACUCCCUUGAGGCCCCUACUCUCCAGGGCUCUUCCCUGUAGGCCCAGACAGGAAGAACUCUGGUUGAGGCUCCUGGCCAUCCCACAGUAGCAUUGCAGCCUGAGGCUUGCACCACGUGGUUUUGGGGAUGAAACGCAGCUUGCAUGUGUCCCCACGGUAACCUCCUCACUGCUUCUUUCAAUAAAACACACUUACAACCUGAA